AUGCAAAAGUUGAAUGAAUAUCAAGAAUACCAUUUACCUGAAUAGUUUGAUGAAGAUUAAGCGAGGGGGAGAUUUCUUAUGCCAUCAUUUCUGCCUUAUAGUUUAUCAAAACAGGAUGUUAAACUGGAGGAGAGAUCCAUGGUUUAGAUUGAUUCCCAGGCUUCAUUAAAAGAUGAGGCCAUUGGAUUACAGAACAUUAAGGGACACGUGAAGAAUGCCUAUAUCAAAAAGAUACAUUCUCUCCUUAGUGUUGAGGGAGAGAAUGAAAAGAUUGUCAAAAAAAUUUAAAAGGAGCCGAGUUCAUCCAGUAAACAGUUGGAAAAUGAAGAUCAAAAGAUGAUAAGAAACAGGGAAAGUGCAAGAAACUCCAGAUAACGAAAAAAGUUAUACAUCAACCUUUUGGAAAAGAAGGUUGAAGACUUAAAUCAGGCAAUCGAACAACUCAGAAAAUCAACAGAGUCAACUUUCCAGAGCAUCCACUCUGUGUUGGAACAGAAUUCUAGCAUCUAUGACAUGAUCGUCGAACAGACUUCAUUGUUUGAGUAACUCAAGAUAAAGGAAUAAGAAUUUAAUGAAUUGUAAUAAUUGCUUACAGAAUCGUACAAGCUCAAGUUCAAUGCUACAGGCACCAAGCGCAAAUAAUAUAUGCGAUAUUGUUUCUAAAAUGUUGCAAGACUCCUCCUAGAUGGAAACUAUGGCACCUUGCUAUUUGGACAAAGCUACUUCUCAAAGACAUAUACAAUGCAUGAUGAAGAAGAAUUGAAGGAUUAUAUGAAAAAUCUUAGAGACGCCACAGGGAUCUGUGAUGAUACAGUGUUUUUAAACCUAUAUGCCAUUGUCAGGAGAGUCAUUGAUCAUAAAAAAAAUUUCUCUUUUCUCAUCAAACAAAUCAAACUUAAACAAAAGGAACUGAGAAUCUGCUAGUAAUAAAUUGAUGAUCAAAUCGAUGAUGUCCAGUUGAAUGGGGUUUAAUUUGCUAAUCUUAUUCAUUAAGUAAAUAAAGAUCAACAAAAUUAAACCCAAAUUUCACAACCCCUUGAAAUUCCUAAAUAAAACUAAAUGAUUUUAAAAAUGGUACCUAAAUAUCCCUUCGAACUCAUGAGCAAUCCAUUUUUACUCCCCAACAGUUUAAUGAUCGAUCCACUUUAAAUUGACCUUCUUACCAAAAAUUUAAGAUAGCCUUGA